UGCCGUACGUUUGCGGUGAGUAGAUCGUCGUCGCCCGCUGUCGCUGCUGAUUAUCACCUCUAGCUUAGUUGUUGUUUUGAUUUUCAUGUGACUCGUGUGAAUUCAAUCGAAUCAAGUUACAAAGUUGUCGAAAAAUGAACCGGAAAGUGAUGCUUGGUGGAGCAAUUCUGCUUCUGUUUGCGAUCGUGUCAACACAAGCGAGACCCGAAGGUGUUCCUUUGGCGGAACUCCCAUCCCAGUCACCGGUUCCGACCUCGGUGGAUAGUGGUAGCUCCAGUACGGUAGCCCCCGAGGAGGAAAGUAAGGUGUCCAAAUUCUUCGACGAUUUUUCCUCGGCCUUCAAGCAAGGCACGGCUAAGGUCAAGGAGAGUUUCGAAAGCGCGGCAACCUCGGUCAAGGAUGGUGUCAUGCGAGGAUAUGACUACGUGAAAGACAAGUUUAGCGGAACCGGAGAUGCGGUGGCGACUCCAGGCAGUCCUUCAACUAACAUUUCCGAUGCAUUGACCUCUACGUCCCCGGUUGAAACGAAAGUCGAAUCAACGAAAUCGCUUGGAACCAAUUCUGCAGCACCGACCGCCGCAUCUAGCACUACAGCUAAGGUAGUGCGAAUCGAACCCAACGACGAAGAAUCGACUGAUGAUGACCGACUGAUCUUCAUUGGCGAUGAGGAUGUGGCCACCGAUUUCACACCCAAUGUGCCGUCAAGCACUUCCGAAAAGACGAACCUUGACGACCGAUUCAUUCUGGAUGGGCCAGUAGCUUGUCCGAAAGGCCAGACCGCAAUCAACGGGAAGUGUCGAAACACGUUCUAAGACGGAAACGGGUCGAAAGCGAGGGAGAGACCGAAACCUGUUCAAAUUGCAUUCACGUCUCUACUGCUUCCAGCCGUGUCCAGAUCAAGUGUGAUUUUUUAAUUUAAUUCUAUUGUCGAGCAAUUUGCGCGGAUAAAGUGUUUGUGUAACCUGUGAAAUAAAUUGAAUUUAUUCUAUUAAACG